AGUCGGCAUUCGGUAAGGACUAUACGAUUGCGAGCAAAAGCCUUGUGCUGUGAAAAUUUGCCAAGAGCCGCGCAUUCGCAAAGUCAUAAGCAUGGCGCCUACACCCGUCGAUAGCUCACCGGCAAACAACAUGGGUGGUUUCGAGUUAAUUAGUUCCUUCAAAUCCAACGAUAUCGUUCCGGUACACAAGUACAAAUCAACAAAUACUGGACUCACCAUUGUUAUUGCUGAAGUCGAUGGUCCCGUUGUUUGCGGGUACCUGUGCGUAGCUACUGAAGCAUUUGACGAUGAUGGCUUGCCUCAUACUUUGGAGCAUCUCAUCUUCUUAGGAAGUGAGAAUUAUCCCUACAAGGGUAUUUUGGAUCUUAUGGCUAAUAGGUGUUUGGCAUCAGGAACUAAUGCAAGAACUGAUGUUGAUAUUACGUAUUAUACAAUGGAAACUGUUGGCAGUGAAGGUUUCAUGACUCUUUUACCAAUCUAUAUGGAUCAUGUUCUGUAUCCAACUCUUAAGGAUUCAGCAUAUAUCACUGAAGUACAUCAUAUCACAGGAGAUGGAGAAGAUGCUGGUGUAAUUUACUGUGAACAACAGGGAUCAGAAAAUGUUGGAGAAUAUCUAGUACACCUUGAAUUAAAAAGAGCCAUGUAUCCUGGAAAGUGUGGAUACAAAUCCAACACUGGAGGUGCUUUGAUCAAUGUGAGAGAAAGUUGUAGCAAUGAAAAAGUAAAAAAGUUCCAUAGAGAGUUUUAUCGACCAGAGAAUCUAUGUGUUAUCAUAACUGGCCAAGUGAAACAUGUAGAUGUUUUUAAAGCUUUACAACCUGUUGAAGAAAAAAUUAUAGCAAAGGGUGAUAGAGGUCCUUUUAUACAACCCUGGCAAAGUAAAGUUCCUCCAUUUAUUGAAAAUGUUACUAAAGAUAUUUUUUAUCCAUGUAAUGAUGAAGACAAUGGUAUUGUGCAUAUCGGAUGGAGAGGACCAUCGACAAUAACUCAGAGACUUGAUUUAUUAGGGUGCAGUUUAUUGAUGAAGUACUUGACUGAUACAUCAGCAAGUCCUUUACAAAAACAUUUUGUUGAAAUAGAUGAUCCAUAUGCAAGUGAUGUUCAGUACUCACUAUCAGAAAAUUCAGAAGCUAUGUUAUACCUUGCAUUCGAAAAUGUACCAAAACAGAAAAUUUCGAAAAUUUCAACUCUUUUGAUGGAUAUUUUAAAUGACAUUGCAAAAUCUGAAAGUAAAAUUGACAUGCAAAGAAUGAAUACUGUCAUUCAUAGGCAUAUUCUUGAGACAUUAAGCAAUUUGGAAAGCAGUCCCCAUGAUUCAGUAGCUUAUAUGAUUAUGGGAGAUUUCUUAUUUGGACAAACUAAGGAUGAUUUGAAUGAAAGACUGAACGAGAUUGAAAGUCUGAAAAAGCUUAAAGUAAAACCUGUGGCAUAUUGGAUAGACUUGCUCAAAACAUAUUUUGUUGAAGCACCAUCUGCUGUUAUCAAAGGUAUUCCAAGUAUUGCAAAACAAAAAGAAAAUAUGGAAAAGGAACACGAACGUGUACAAGCACAAAUAAAAAAAUUUGGACCUGAAGGUUUAAAACAGAAAGAAAUGGAAUUAUCAAAAGCUAUUGAAGAAAAUGAGCGUCCGAUUCCAGACGGAAUUUUCUUAUCUGUACCCGUUCCAAGUACAGAUUCAAUCAAUUUUCAUCAUGUUAAAAGCUACUCUACAGAAUCUAUAGAUCAACAUCCUCGAUUUAAUGUCCAAAAAUUACCAUUUUUCACUUAUUUAGAUCACGUAAAUACAAAUUUUGUAUAUAUGUUCGUCAUUAUGGAUACCUCUGAUAUUUCACUAGAGCAAAGGCCUUAUGUUCCUUUGUUGCUGGAGGCAAUAUUGGAAUGUCCAGUGUUGCGAAAUGGAAAACUGAUUCCAUAUGAGACUAUUGUUUCAGAAUUAGAAAUGGAUACAAUUGCAGUUAGCACUAGAACUGGACUUGAUAAUUCAGCCAGAUUUUCGUGUGGUUCCUACAGCCACUAUGCAAUGUUGGCUCUUCAACUUGAAUUAGCCAAGUACGCAAAGGGAGUCAAAUGGAUUAAAGACCUAUUACACAGAUCUCAGUUGGCUGCAGAAAGACUAAAAAUUAUAUCUUCCAAAAUUAUCAAUGAUGUUGCACGCAUGAAGCGUAAAGGACAUAAAGUCGUCCAUGAGCUUAUGAAAAGUCUUGUAUAUAAAAACGAAAGUAACCACUACAAUGCAAGCAUGUUACGUCAACAACAAUUCCUUACCAAAAUGUUGGAUAGAAUGAACACAGUAGAAGGUCAGAAGGAAGUAUUAGCUGAUAUUGAAGCUGUCCGAAAUAUUUUGACUUCACCGAAAAAUAUGACGCUGUAUAUAGCAGCAAACAUUGACAAAUUAUCAAUGCAAGUCGGUGAUGUUUAUGAUGCAUGGAAAGAAUUUUCUAAUGUUGAUAAUUCAAUAAAAUCCAAACUGAACAUAGUCCCAGAUUAUAAACUCAUUAAAUCUCUUUCCACGAUAGAUAUCGGUGGUUGUGUAGCUAGUUUGGGAUGUAUAGAUACCUCAUUCUUACUACAAUGCUGUCAUGGUAUUGACAAUUUCCAGCAUCCAGAUUUGGCAUCUUUAUUAGUAUGUUUGCAGUAUUUAACGCAAUUAGAGGGGCCUAUGUGGAAACAAAUUAGAGGUCAAGGUUUUUCAUACAGUUACAACAUGUAUCCAACACCAAACGAAGGUCUUUUGUAUCUGACGCUUUACAGUGCGACAAACACUGUAGGAGCUUAUAGGGAAGCUAAAGAUAUUGUGAGUAGCCAUUUGGCUGAGAGUAAAUGGGAACCGCUACUUUUUGAAUCUGCCAAAUCUUCACUAAUUUACGAGAUUGUUCAAGGCGAGAAGAGUAUUGGGGAUAUGGUUAUAAGGUCAUUGAUGUGUUACUUCAAGAAUGUACCGCAUGAUCAUAACCGCCGUAUGGUUAAAAAUAUAUCGGCUGUAACAAUUCAAGAUAUAGAACGCGUAGCGGCUAAAUAUCUCAAACCAUUAAUCGAUCCAAGUACUAGUAAGACGACAAUCGUUUGUCAUCCUCUCAAAUCGAGUGAAAUCGUCAAAGCUUUCAAGGAAUACGGGCAUGAUUUAAAAGAAUAUAAUUCUCUUGAAGAGUCCUACUUGAAUGAAUGGUAAAUAAAACCAACAUUUUUUUAUAAAUGAAUAAUGAAGACACUUACGUUAUCUCUGUAACCAAGAAAGUUCUGGUAACUAAUUGGUGCCAUUAAUUAUAAAUUAGCCAACGGUGAAAUACUGUGUUUCCUGUAUCUCGAACAUAUGUGCAUGAUAUUUUUAUGGAUUUUUUCUUUUAUAAAAUGAAGUAAUUUUCGUAAUGUAUUGAAUUUAAAGCUUUAUACGCAUUUU